AAUCGGCAAGCAUGAUCUAUGCACCAGAUUCCCUAGGCGUAAGCUAGCAGCAGGCAGACGUGUCGCCGGACCCCAGAUUAUAAAUUCCUCUCCCCUUUCAUUUUCAAAUCCGAACACUCCUUCCCUCUCUCUCUGUCUCUGUCUCUGUCUCUGCGCUAAUCGAAGCUCUCGCAAGAAUGAUGGCCGCAGAUCGUGAUCCCAGCACUCAAGAUCGAUGCGAGGAAAUCAAUGAGAUCGUUCCUGCGAUCAAAGAAAAUCAAGAAAUGGCCAGAAACGAUCCAGAUUCCGCCUCGGGAGCUGGAAAUCGUGAAAUCGAGAUGGAGUCCUUCUCCGAAGCUCGAAAUCUUGGAGAAUGUAAGAGUAGUCAAAGAAGAUAUGAAGAAGGAUUGGGGAAUUUCUCAGCAAAUGGAGAGAAAUCGGAAUCUGUCUCUGAAGAUAUGAAAAUAUGGUCUGAACAUCAGUCGGACGUCGAAGGAAAGCAAGAUUCGGUGGAAAACGAGUCAGAAUCUGUUUAUGAAAUUCAAAAUUCAAGAGGAUGCGAUGAAAGAUAUGAUGAAUUCGAAGCUGUUGAGGAGAGAUUGAAAUCCGUCUAUACAGAGGAAAGGAAGUCGGAAUCCGACUGUGAAAUUCAGCGGUCGAGAAGAUGCGAAGAAAGAUCCGGGAAUUUCGAAGAGAUUGGGGAGAAAUUGGAAUCUCACUUCCAAAAUGCUAUAAAAUGGUCGGAAACUCUGUUACAAGUUGAAGGGAAGCAAGAUCCUGUGGGAAGCAAUUCAGAGAGAGGUAAAAAGUUCUCAGAAAAUGGGGAGAAUUCAGAGUCUGUCUCUGAGGAUGAAGCGAAGUUUUCCAAAAAUCAUUUGGAAGCGGGGCGAAGGCAGGAUAUGGUGGAAAAUGAGUUGGAGUCUGUAUAUGAAAUUCAAGAUUCAAGAGGAUGCAAAGAAAUAUCCAAAAAAUUUGAAACAAUUGAAGAGAAAUUGGUAUCCAUCUCUGAAGAUGCUAAUACAUGGUUGGGAAAUCCUUUGGAAGUUGAAGGAAAGCAAGAUGCUGUGGAAAAGGAGCGAUCGCUAUCUUUCUUGAUAACUCAAGAUUCAAGAUGUUGCAAAGAGAGGUAUAGAAAUUUCUCAGAUGUUGGAGAGAAUUCAAAUCCCGUUUCAAAAGAUGCAAUGAAAUGGUCUGAAAAUCAACUUGAAUUUGAAGGAAAGCAAGAUGCGGUGGAAAAGCAUUCAAAAGAUGUCUAUGAAACUGGAGACUCAAGAAGAUGCGAAGAGAACUGCAUGAAUUUCUCGGUGAUUGAUGAAAAUCAAGAAACGAACAUAAAGAUGCUGGGACUCGACUCUAAAGUUCUGAACCUUGGUAAGAGAAUUGGUUCGUGGAGCUCCAAAAAGAAGUUGGGAGGCCUCACGGUGAUCAAAGAAAAACAAGAUACAGAAGAAACGGGGCUUGGACCCGUUCUUGAAGCUCAAAAAGAUGGUGAAAAGAUCUCACAGGAUGAGAUGAAAUCCGUCUCAGAAGAUGAGUAUUCUCUCAAGGAGGACAGUUCACGAAGAUGUGAAGCAAACUCAGAAGAUUUCUUGAAGAUAAAUGGAUUUUCUGGAAGUCUGGAAAUCAAGGUGGAUUCCGUCUCCAAAUCACAAAAUGCUGUAGUGAAGCCAUACUACUGGCAGGAAAGCAAAAAAUGCCCUUUGUAUAUCAAAGAAGUGCAAGAAAUGACGCACCAUGCUGAAAAUUUCUAUAAUAAUGAACGGAAGCAAGUGAUGUUGGGAACUUAUCCUGCUUCAUCUUCCAGAGCUGGAAAUGACAAUGGGAAGAAUGAGAAAGGCUCCACUGUUUCUGGGAGAAGCGCUGAAAGAUCAUUUUACAGAAAUUCAAAGCAAGGAACGGUAGAGAAGACGGUGAAAUGUCGUGGGAGGAAAGGUAUGAUAAAUGGUUCAGAGAUGGAUGGAAAACUAAAUGGGAUGUGGUUUGUCCCUCGACUUCAAACUGUGUAUGAAGAGAAGGGGAAAAGGCCCAAGAGAUGUUAUUCAAGGAGUGAGCUGCAGGCAUUGAGGUACAUGAAUGGUGAAGAGCAGAACAAGAUUUGGAAUGAGAUAUACCAAGGGUUGGCACCUGUUGUUGCUUGGGAGCUUGAUCAAAUCGCAGCAUAUAAGAAUCAGAAACAGGGCCUAAGAAAUGCUGAUCGGCGGCCUGUUGUUGCUCGGGAGUUUGACCAAAUCGCAGCAUAUAAGAAUCAGAAACAAGGCCAUAGAAAUGCUGAUCGACCGGUUGUUGUUGCUCAGGAGCUUGAUCAAAUCGCAGUGUAUAAGAAUCAGAAACAGGGCCAUAGAAAUGCGGAUCGACUACCUGUUGUUACUCGGGAGCUUGAUCAAAUCUGUGUGUAUAAGAAUCAGAAGCAGGGCCAUCGAAAUCAUGCUCGACUGCUUGUUGCAGCUCAGGAGCUGGAUCAAAUCACAGCAUAUAAGAAUCAGAAGCAGGGCCAUAGAAAUGCUGAUCGACCGCCUGUUGCUGCUCAGGAGCUCGAUCAAAUCGCAGCAUAUAAGAACCAGAAGCAGGGCCAUAGAAAUGCUGAUCGACCACCUGUUGUUACUCGGGAGCUUGAUCAAAUCACAGCAUAUAAGAAUCAGAAGCAGGGCCAUAGCAAUGCUGAUCGACCGCCUGUUGCUGCUCAUGAGCUGGAUCAAAUCACAGCAUAUAAGAAUCAGAAGCAGGGCCAUAGAAAUGCUGAUCGACCGCCUGUUGCUGCUCAAGAGCUCAAUCAAAUCUCAGCAUAUCAGAAUAAGAAGCAGGACCAUAAAAAUUCUGUUCAACCGCAGCACUUCAGAAAGAAGAGAGAUGCUCGAGCAAAUCUCGGUGAGGAAGUUGCAAAGGGAAAGGGAAAUGCCUGCAAAUGGGUAUGUAGUGAGGAAUGGCUGAAAGUGAACUCCCCAACUCAUUCCUGCGAUGUACUAGUCAGAAACUGGUAAAGAAGACUUUGAAAGCUGAAGCAGAUGAUUUGUCUAAGUGGGGCAUGUGACAUCUCGAGUGCAGUCUCUGGAGCCACUCAAAAGUGAAUGCUGUGGGUCAGUUAAGGACUUUGAUGUGGGUGUGAUACGUUGUAAUUGUACAGGAACUGAUAAAUGCUUGUUGUCAGGAAAUACAGGACUGCAUUUUACUGGAAUACUUGGAAUGGAAAUGAUGAAAAGGCUUGGAUGAAUGUAAUGACUGAUGCUUUGAUGAACAAUCUUCAAAGAAGGCCUUGUUCUUUAAAUUUUGUAUGGAA